UUAUUUGGCCUCUGAACUUUUUCGCAGGCUUGCACUUGGUGGCAUAAUCUCUAAACACAAGCAAUGACAUUAUAGACGUCCAUAUAAAACAGAUGUUCCUUCACGAAGGUCCAUUUUUCGAAAUUUGGCUGCUUGGAGAGGAUGAGAAUGAAAUACUUCCUAGCGGUAGCCUCCAUAUUGGUGUCGGGUGCCCAUUCCGCCCCGGAACUGCUACCGAAUCCUGGUUUUGAGAGUGGCCUCGCAAACUGGGUCUAUGAUGGCUUCACCAUGACCGCCGACACGUCACAGCAUCAUGGCGGCACACAUUCUGGCAAGUGCACGGGAAGGUCAGGUUUUUUUUUUUUACAUCUUAAAUCGCGUCGGAAACUAAUGCAAAGUGCAGCUGUGGGUGUGGUGAAAAUAUUACAUUUGUUUUGUGUUCACAGCGAUCAAAUUGCCAAGUUUCAGUUCGAUAGGAUGGCGAGGGUGUGGGUCGAAUAGCCGUCCAAAUAUUUUAGCCUUAAACACAGAAACACAGGAACAAAGGCGAAGUUAAUAAAAAGGAUUUAAAAGAAAUACAAAGGAGGAUGGCUCCGAGUUAGACUCUACUCCUUUAAAGACGAAGAGCAUUGAAUUUUUUUUAAAAAACAACAUAUUUUGAAAGCAUCAAAGUAAAGAAAACAGCAAAAUUCAAAUAUAAUUUACUUUUUAAAAAACAAUGUUGAAGUAAAUGACAUACAGUAUUAUGCAUUUCAAAGUAGGAUAAUGCUAGCGGGUGAGGGGUGGGGUAGGCUGGCUUACUAGGAUUAUAUUAUCUCGAUAAGUGAUAUACUGAUUUUUGCAAGAGCGUAAAAAGAAGGUUCACUCUGAGAGUUCAAAUCUAGUAGCUAAUUAUACAACUUGCCCUAGUAGCUUUUAUGCGGUGGCCUGUUGCCAGAUGACCAUUCACAACAAUGAUCUGACGUUACAAUGCCCCCCCCCCAACCGGGCGUCGUAUCCCACUGGUGUCAUCCUUUCUGUUCAAUGGGGCUGUAUUUUAAACCAUCGACCAACAAGUUUAGAUUUGAUGUCAUUUUUCGAUUUCCUUUUAUUAAAUUUACUUUACAUUUUUUUUUUCCAGCGAAUGUCCCGUCUCAUAAUAAUUAUAUUUCAAUGUAGGACUUUCAGACUUCUGAAACCCCUGGUUAAGCGAUAUUCAACGUGGCAUCAAUACGUACGGCUUUUAUCUUAUAUUUAAACAGAACUCAAGCCUGGCAGGGUCCAGCACAGCUGGUUCACGUCAAACCGGGGGGCCGUUACGCCUUCAGCAUUUACAUUCGUUUGGUCAGUGACCUGCCAGGCUCUAUGUACCAGUCAGCUGCAGUCACUAUCGACCUGAAACGAAAGGACAAUGGUCAGUAGUAACUAUGAAUGAUGGGUUUGUGUUGUUGUUUUGUUUUUUAUUUUUAUUUUUGUGUGUGGGGUGGGAGGAGAUAAAGUGAGGUCGCUCUUAUAUUUUGUGUUGCAAACAGUGUGUGAACAUUUUUAAGGCGUGCUCUGGUAGUGGUGUUUGACGCGAUGUGUGUAGUCUCGUUUGUUGUAGGAAGCUCGGAAGAUUUCUUUUUUUGGAGACGUUAUCAGCAGCUAGGGCAAUAGAGCCCUUUUAUCGAUGAUGGUUUUAAUGUAAUGCGUUGUUUUGUUGUUGGUUUUGUUUUGUUUUUUUUGGUGUUUUUUAAAGUUUAUUUGUAAGCAAAUGGGAAAUUGUGUACGAAUUGAAAAAGAUUGCAGCUUUAGUCAACUGAUUACAAAGAUUAACGUGUUAAAAUUGCUAAGGGCUGAUAGUAAAUAGUACUCAUCAGACAAUGCGAUUUUUUGAUUUACCAACAACAGGAGCAGACGACUACAUCCGUGUAACUAAUCGACAAUUCUUGACCGCUGCCGAUGGAUGGCUGCAGCUAGGAGGAGAUUUCGUUGUGCCGAACCGAGGUAAUGAUACACCAUUUGUAAAAUAAGUAAAUUAUUCCAUAUCUUAUGGUCACACUAGCUCCUGCCCGUCCCCUCUAACAUGCGUUGUUUAGUGGUCGAAAAAUAUUCCCAAAAUGUCCAUCACCAAAUGUUGGAUAACUCUAAUUCUGCUUCCUGUAAAACAAUCUGGUUUGGUUUAAGUUAAUGGUAUUAUAUUGUUUUUGAAGUUUAUUUUAUUUUUUUAUUUUUUUUAGAAUGAGAAAAGUUUUAUCUCUUUGAUUUUAUUGUGUUUCGUUUUGUGUUAUUUUGUUUUGUUGUUGUUGAAUUGAAAUAUUCAAGCCAAUAAUCUAUUACCAAAGUAAAUUACAUUAUGAUAAUUAACUAAAUCUGUCCAUUUUCGUGUGUCCAAGAAUACACUCAGGUUAAGAUCUACGUCGAAGGCCUGGCCCCGCACGUCGACUUUUACGUGGAUGACGCGUCGCUGACGGAAAUAGCCGCAGACACAAAUUGGAAGGCAGAGGCCAACAGUAGGAUCGAAUCCCUCAGGAAGAGCAACAUUCACUUCAAGUGAGACAAGUAAAACAUUCACUUCAAGUCAGACAAGUAAAACGUUCACUUAAAGUGAGACGAGUAAAACAUUCACUUCAAGUGAGACAAGUAAAACAUUCACUUCAAGUGAGACAAGUAAAACAUUCAUUUCAAGUGAGACAAGUAAAACAUUCACUUCAAGUCAGACAAGUAAAACAUUCACUUCAAGUGAGACAAGUAAAACAUUCACUUCAAGUGAGACAAGUCAUAAGGUGUGGACGAGAUUAAUUUUAAAAAGUGCAGGAUUUUGAAUAUAAAACAAAAACAAAUAAAAUUCAAAUAAAAUAAAAUAAUAAAUCAAUCAAUUAAGAAUCUAAAAAAAAAAAAUUUUUUUUUUUCUUUUUUUUAUGGAAUCUCAACAAUGCUCUUUCGCGAUUUACAUCCCCCCAAAAAAACCAACCAAGAAAACGGGGUGACAUUAAAUGCAACAUUUUCUUCAAAUAAUAAAAGCAGAAAUUUUUCAUUUGAAAAUAAAACCAGAUUUGAUUUGACUUCACAUCCACAGUUUCAACGUAGCUUCAAACUUCAACGUCAACGACCUAAGAGUGCAGGUACGUCAUGGUACAACGAUACCAGGGAACAUGUAUUUACGAAAUAAAAGUCAUUGUUUGACAUAGAAACUUCUAAAAGUUUAUCUUAAGCAGAAGACCGUUUAGAUCUAAAUGGACUGAAUAGGUAAAUAGAGUUUUAAACACCAACGCGUUAAUAUUAAGUCUGAACAAAACAAAAGGUUGUUGGCUCCGGCGAAUGAGGCGGAUUCUUUCCGUUCAUUUAACUCAAGAAAUUGUGUUUCAGAAAUCCGCCAUUGGCUAAAUCUCUUUUUAAUUUUUUUUUUUUUUCGAACCCGCUUAUCUCGACCUCGGUUAACUAGCCAACCCUCCUAGCCAAUCUCUCUUUGUAUUAGCAUUUUCCUCUCGGUUAUAUUGAUUCUUUUUAUGUCGCUGAACCCUGAUAUCUCGAGCACAAAAGGCAACCAAAUGUGCCACUUAACAGAACAAGUACAGCGAUGACGUCAGCUGUCAAAUAUUUGUUCAGAGAGUACGUACAGCGAUGAUGUCAGUUGCCAAAUAUUUGUUUAGAGAAGAAGUACAGCAAUGACGUCAACUGUCAAAUAUUUGUUUCAGAGAGGACGUACAACGAAGACGUCAGCCGUCAAAUAUUUGUUUAGAGAGGACGUACAGCGAUGACGUCAGCUGUCAAAUAUUUGUUUAGAGAGGACGUACAGCGAUGACGUCAGCUGUCAAUAUUUGUUUAGAGAGGACGUACAGCGAACACGUCAGCUGCCAAAUAUUUGUUCAGAGAGGACGUACAGCGAUGACAUGAACUGUCAAAUAUGUGUUUAUAGAACAUGUACAGCGAUGACGUCAACUGUCAAAUAUUUUGUUUAUAGAGGACGUACAGCGAUGACGUCAGCUGUCAAAUAUUUUUUUAGAGGGGACGUACAGCGAGGACGUCAGCUGUCAAAUAUUUUUUUAGAGGGGACGUACAGCGAUGAUGUCAGCUGUCAAAUAUUUGUUGACUCGAUGUUUAAAAAAAUUUGCAUCUUUCUUUGUGCAGUGUCAGAGACUUUUAUUCCAUUAAAUAGUCAUCUUAUAACCCUUUGAAUAGUAAUCUUACAUUUCAUUGAAUGGUUAUAUUUUAUGUCAUUGAAUAGUAAAAUCUUACAUCCCAUUGAAUAGUAAACUUACAUCCCUUUGAGCUUAAAUGUCAUUGAAUAGUAAUCUUACAUCCCAUUGAAUAGUGAACUUACAUCCCUUUGAAUUAUUAUAUUAUAUGCCAUUGAAUAGUAAUCGUACGUUCCAUUGAAUGGUAAUCGUACAUUUUAAUGUUGAUAUAGCCUUCCCAAUGCAUCUGGUCGAAGUAGCUGUUUUAUUUGAAUCUUAAUUACACGAAAUAACUCACCGUUGUUGAACAUGACAUGAACUAACUCACCGUUGUUGAACAUGACAUUUUUGUUGAAUCUGACAUGAACUAAACUCUGUUGUUGAAUUGGUCAUGAACUAACUCUCCAUUUUUUUAAUCUGACAUGAACAAACUCUCUGUUGUUGAAUCUGACAUGAACUAAACUCUCUGUUGUUGAAUCUGACAUGAACUAAACUCUCUGUUGUUGAAUUGGUCAUGAACUAACUCUCCAUUUUUUAAAUCUGACAUGAACAAACUCUCUGUUGUUGAAUCUGACAUGAACUAACUGUCCGAUGUGGAAACUUAAAGAAAGGGGCGGGGGAGAAAGCUGCAACAAAUGAAUUUUCUUGUUUUACACUGGUCAGAUUGACCACACCAAACACCUGUUCGCCUUCGGUACACAAGCGGCAGCGGACUACUUCGUGAACCCGGACUACCGUCAGUUUCAGAACGUCGUGUACCACAUGUUUAACUGGGUCACCAUCCAGGAAUACAAGUGGCCGUACAACAGGGGAACCCGGGUGAGUGUUAGCCGAUAUGUAAAAAAACAACACACACAAUAAUAAUUUAUGUUGACUCUCAGUAGACCAUCUUCAAAUGAGUGUUAAGUAUAAACAAAAAUUAACAUUCUACCACCUUAAUUUACAUUUUUUAAAGGUUUGCUUUAAAAACAUUGAUGUUAAAAAAAUUAUCUUGUUUUCAUAAUCAUGUUAAAAAUUUGUAUUUUGUUCAUAGGAGCAUCCAGAUUUUUCAGUCGCAGUGGCGGCAACUGAUGAACUUAGGAAACAUGGGUAGGAAAUGUUGCAGUAUAUCAGUAAAUAUUUCGUCUAAAAUUCCUACAAAGAAAGUUAUGUGUAAUACUGGAUUUAAAUUAGUUUUAAAUGCUUACUCAACGCAGUUUCAUGUUCUAAUCUCCAUGGCCCAGAUUACAUGUACGCGGUCACUGUAUGUUCUGGGCAGUACCCGGAAACCAGCCAAGCUAUGCAACACCACUGACUGGUCAAGCCCUGAAAGAUACAGUUGACCAACACAUCAAGUACAUCACUGGAAUCACCAAGGGGAAGUAAGUCUGGUUUAAUCAUUUUUUAAAAAAAACCUGUUACCUUUAUUUUAAGUGCAAAAAAAAAAAAACCUUAUUGCUGGAUGCAAUCAUAAGAAAGUUGUAAAUAGAAAUUAUAGUGUACUUCGAGCGGACUUUCAACAUUUUUUUAAAACAUUUAUUAGUUGUUGCUUUUAGUUAUAUUUUCUUUGUUAUUAAAAGAUAAGAUUAUAACAAAAAUAAAUUUUGUUUCUUGUUGAAAGGAUACCUCACUGAAAUAGUCAAGGUUAAACUGUUUAAAUGUGUGUUGUUUCUCUUGUCUGAUUGUGUAUAUUGUGAACGUGGACUUCUAAUAAUUCCUUUACAUUUUUCUUUACCACCUUUAACCUUAAAGCCAAAAAAAAAUAUAUAUAUAUUUUUUUUUUAAACAUAGCAUUUUUUUUCAACUUUCCGUGUACGUAGAAUCUAAAGUGUACAUUUUACAAUAAAUAAGUAUAGCGUGAAAUCUGUCACACGUUCUCAAAGUUGUGUUUUUUCGGUUUCCAUCAUUUUGUAAGAAACAAUUCUUGUUAUAACACGUAUCCACACUAACCUGGCUCUGUCUCCCCCGCCAGACUGUCGCAUUGGGAUGUGGACAACGAGCUUCUCCACGGCCAUUUCUUUGAGUCCAAGACUGGCGACCAGCACUACACGUACCACAUGUUCCAGGCCGUGCAUGCAGCUGACCCCACGCCGAGACUUUUCCUCAACGACUACAACGUCGUGGUCAGCGGGGAGUACACUUUGGUAAGUUCACACAGUAUCGCCAUUUUCUCAACCAGGGGUCACCAAACUACGGCCCGCGGGUCAGAUCCGGCCCACGCCGCCAGUGCAUCAGACCCGUAACGGUACUUGAAUGUGCUUGAUUAAAGGAACAAGAGAUGUUGUGAUAUAAUUUUCAUUUUCAUAUUAUGUUUAGAAUACUUGGACAUCUUCACACGUGCGGAAAGUAGAAAUAGACGGAGUUUCGCCUUCGGUUUCGGCACCGAAAGUGGCCGUUUGAUCACUUUCGGCCUAAUUUCGGUUUCGGCCAAAACCAAAAAUUUAAAUUUCGGUUCAAUUUCGGCUUCGGUCCAAACUGAAAUGUUUACUUUCGGUUUAAUUUUGGUUUCCGACGUAAGUGAUUGGGACUUUCGGUCAUCUGGCUGAAAGUCACUGGGGUUUUCAGUCAUCUGGCCGAAAGUGACUGGGAUUUUCGGUCAUCUGGCUAAAAUUGACUGGGGUUUUCGGUCAUCUACCAGAGGUCAGACUGUCUGUCUGUCUCUAGGCUGGCAAACCGAUAUUCCUUAUUGCUUGACGUCUAGCUGUCAUCGUAUGUUAUAUGACUAAUACUCUGAGAAAACUGCAUGAUGACCUACUUGUCCUUUAUUUCCAAAAAAUUAAAUUUUAAUUAGGCCUAGGCUAAUAUAAACAGUUUUGUGGAAGAAAAACUAGUGGAAUGGUAAUAUUUUAUGUCUUUAUCUUAUUUUAUUUUUUCAAAAAUAAAAAUUGAAACCCUAUGUUUAUUUAAUUCUUUCAUUUGUGAUAUUCAUUUUGAUUUAUCAAUAUUAUUAUCAUACUGAUCCAUUUUUUCAUAGGCAAAGGUGACUAAUAUUGCAUAAUCCUAGGGAAUGGUAAUAUUGCUCCUUUAAUUUGUUUUUGUUUUUUGUUUUUUUAAAUUUAAGGAAACUUAGGCUUUUUCAGUUCAUUAAUUUCUUGAAAAUUCAUCAUUAUUAUGCUCCUAAACAUUGUUCUUGACAAAAUAACAAGUGUGUGCAUGCAUCACUGGCGUGUAUUAUAAUUAUGUAGUAGGCCUACUGCAGACCUGUUUACUUUUAUAAUUUAGGCGAUCAAUUUAGAUGUCUUGCGAGUCUCCAUCGAGACCCGUCAGAAGAACAACUAUUUUAAGAGACCCAGUUAAAAAAAUAAUAAUUUCCCCCACCAAGGGAGGUGAGGGAAGUUAGUCACCGAACGAAAUAGUUACGUCAACAGCACGGUAAGAAUAAUCUGUUGGUACUAGGCUAAAUAUUAAUACAGGGAUAUCUUGCCAGCUGUUUAUGAAAACACAGAGGAUUAGUAGGACGAAAUCCGCGAAACAGUCUGGUGAUAUUUCCAUAGCCUUAAUAACUGAUAUUUAGGGUGACAAUUGGCUUUAUUAGAGCCACAAUAAUUAUUAUAGUUAUAUGUUCUAGAUUGUAAUUAUAUUAUAAAAGAAAAGGGCACUCAAGGGUCUACUUUGCACGACAUUUGCCUCCCCCCCCCCCAACCCGCGGUCCAAAUUUUCUCUUAUUAUACUACUUAAAUAAACAAUUUAAAGAAAUUUAAAUUACUUUUAAAUUAAAUAGUAAAAGCCAAAUUAUUAAUUAAUAUUCACGAUGAUCUCAUUUUUAAAAAAAAAGAAUGUAAAUAUUGAUGCUUUCCCCCCCCCCCCACAUGAUUUUUUUUAUGUAUGUAGAAUGUAUGCGUGGACCGAUGUCAAAAUACCUAAAUAUUUCGGCCGAAACCAAAAAGUUAAAUAUCGAUUUAAUUUCGGCUUCGGCCGAAGCUGAAAUUUUAACUUUUGGUUUAAUUUUGGUUUCGGCCAAAAGUCCUUUUAAAUUUCGGUCUAGUUUCGAUUUCGGCUGAAAUCAGAAAAUCACUUUCGGUCGUUCUCUAGCGGCUGCCUCAAAUUUACCAUUUUUAAUUUUAAAAUAUGAAUUCUUGAAAUCAUUUUUAUUCAAAUAUUGUAAUGCUUGCUUAGUUUGCGCCAUCUCAAGUUCUUCCCCGGCUCGUGGUAGCUCCGUCUAAUCUCGGACGUUACCAUGGUUUCCAGGGCAAAACAUUAAAACACGCAUUUUUUCCCGCUCCCUAAUAUGUACGAGUGUCAACAUAGGUCCGAAGCUCCAGAAAUAUUUUUCUCUGUUAUGCUCUGAGAAAUAUAGUUCCAUGAAACGUAAUUUAGAAAGUCAAAGAAAUCUCUUUACGCGAAAGUUAUCUGAAAAAGGAUAUGUCACUCAAACAAGUUACAAAAUAGUGCAUAAGUUGGCGGAACGAGGAAAACCAUUUACUGAUGGCAACUUCAUCAAAGAGUGUAUGAUGGAAGCAGCAAAUGACUUGUGUCCUGCGAUAGCACAUUUGUUUGGAACUAUCAGCCUUUGGGCACGUUAGUACAGCUGUGCGGAGAACAAAAGAACUUUGAGAAAGCAUAGGGCUUCAGAUACGUGAGAAAGCUAGGAACUUGUAUUCUCUGGCGCUGGACGAGUCUACUGAUCUCUCGAUUAUGGCACAACUUCUCGGGUUCAUUCGUAGUGUCAAUUUGGACUUUCGGAUAAAACGGAAGAGUUGGCAUCCGUUUUCAGCAUGCAUGGAACAACAACUAGAAAAGACAUUUUCAGGGAAGUGCACAAAAUUUUGCAAGACUAUAACCUUCAGUGGAAUCAAAUCGAGGUGUUACAGUGAUGGAAAAAAAACAUGGCUAGAGUGAGGAAGGGUCUGGUGGGGCAGAUCAGGACUCAGUUGGAAUAUUUUGUUAAUCCAGGCGCUCUGUUCAUACACUGUAUCAUACAUCAGCAAGCACUCUGUGGAGAAAGGCGUCGAUAUUUCUUUUAUCCUUAAACCAGUUGUUUCUGCUGGGAACUUCACUCGGGGACAUGAACUCAAUCACCGUCAGUUCCAGGCUUUUCUUGAAAAAAAUUGAUUCUGAAUUAUGUGACUUAUCACACAGCUGUGAGGUGGCUCGGCUCUUUAAUUUGUACAAGCCCAGAAACGAAAUAUAUUUUUUUCUCACAUUUUAAAGAAUAGAGCUGAACCAUAGCUGUCAAAUCCUACCUGUCUGUCAAAUUUGACCCACAGCUGGCACAUCCUACCUGGCUGUCAAAGUUGACCCACAGCUGUCACAUCCUACCUGGCUGUCAAAGUUGACCCACAGCUGUCACAUCCUACCUGACUGUCAAAGUUGAAAUUUUUUGGUCGAUAUGACAUCCCACAUGAAUGAACUCAACUUGAAACUUCAGGGAAAGGAUAAACUCACCUGUGAUCUCUACAGAAUCUUUGAAGAAUGUCGGAGAAAGCUGUCAUUGUUUGAAGCACAGCUGUAAGGAGAAAAACUAUUCUCAUUCUCAAUGUUUCAAAGAGUUCUGCGCUAAAGUCGCCGACGAUGUUAACACGGAUUUUCCGAAAAAAUAUUCGUGACUUGAAGAAGCAUUUUUUGGGAGAGAUUUCAAGAACUUGACAGAAUUGAGAGUGACAUCCUUUUGUUCCAGAUCCGUUCGAUUGUAACCUUGAGGAUGUGCCGGGUGAACUACAGUUGGAGCUCAUUGAUUUGCAAGCAAAAUUUGCUUUAAUGUCUUUUUGAAAGAGAAGCACAGAGAAGGAAAACGUGUUGAAUUUUACCGCUGCUUACUUGAUGUUGAGUUUCCGAAGCUGAAGAAAUGUGUCACUGGUGUGGCAUCAGUGUUUAGAACAACUUAUGCCUGUGAGCAAACAUUAUCAAAAAUGAAGCAUGUGGAGUCAACACAUCGAACGAGAGUGACUGAUAAACAUUUGAUAGCUAUUCCCUUGAUUUGAUGCAGCUAUUCCAAACUAAACAUUGAUGGUAUCUUGAAAGCCAAACGUCAGUUUCACAAAUCUCACAAACGUUUUUGGUCCUAGUUUUAUGAGAUUCGGAUAUGUGUGCACUAGAUCUAACGUAAUUAUCUUUUUGCUAACGUCGCUUUCUUUGAUAAACUUUUUUUAGUAAAUAAACAUGUUGCUUGUCUUUGCUCUUUUAUGCAUUGCCCCCGGCUCACCCAUGAGUAACAUGGAAUACUAAACUUAGUUUUUGGUCUUUUUUCCCACAGCUUUGAUCUGGCUCGCAAGAGUUUUACUUAAUGAUAAUCCGGCUAGCACGCGACAUUUUGUCAUUUAUCCGGCCCUCUUUAAAAAAAAAAAAAAAGUUUGGUGCUUCUGCUCUAAACAGAUCUAUCGGGCUUACACUGUUAACACUCGUGCGGUAUACGCGCAUCUUAAAGGAAUAGCUAAGAUAAGUAAACUUAUAUACAAAUCUAGGUCAAUGAGUUUAUUAAAGCUUGCAGAGUGCACACAAUGCUGCCUAGUCUAGUGAUGGACAUUUGAAUGGCGCUUUUUGGUAAUGUUUUCUAAAGGCCCACUGUAUAGUCAGGUCUUGAAAAGACAAAGAACUGACAUGAUGUUGCUAAUUGCGGUGAUGGCGACAGUUUCAGGGGAGGAGUUGGCACGGCCCACAAACAUAGAUCCACGGAACUGCAGACCGGACAUUAAUAUGAACAUCCUUAAAGCAUGGUCAUUUUUAAGUUUGGUCUCAAAUAAAGCUUUCAUAGACCCAAAAAAAAAAAAAAAAUGGAAAAAAAAGAAAAAAACCAUUAAUCAAAUCAAUUGAUCUAAUCCAGGGAUGUCAUUUUAGAAAAUGUCGGGGAUGGGGAUGCAGACCGGACAUUAAUAUGAACAUCCUUAAAGCAUGGUCAUUUUUAAGUUUGGUCUCAAAUAAAGCUUUCAUAGACCCAAAAAAAAAAAAAAAAAUGGAAAAAAAAGAUCAAAUCCAUUGAUCAAAUCAAUUGAUCUAAUCCAGGGAUGUCAUUUUAGAAAAUGUCGGGGUUGGGGAGGGGAGGACACAAAUAAUUUGCCAGUUUGUUGAGUUGUUUAUUACUGGAGGCCUCAUAGUAUGGAGCUAUUUAAUUAAAACCUGCCAAUUCAAUGGGGGUUGGCAAAUGCCACACGAUGCCCUACACAAAUGACGUCCCUGAUGCAUUAUAUUGAUUCAAUCCAUUGACUAAUCCAUGUAUCCAAUUCAUUUUCUGAAAGAGAAGUCAGAGCCGUCAUAGAAGUCAGAGCACUCAGAUUUAUCAGAGUCAUCAGAUCAGUCAGAUUUAUCAGUCAUCAGAGCCGUCAGAGCAGUCAGCUUUAUCAAAGUCAUCAGAGCAGUCAGGGCUGUCAAAGCAGUCAUAGAAGUCAGAGCUAAAGGUUUUAUUUCAGAAUAGCUCUUCGUGACGUCUUGUGUUUCUCUGCACAAAUUUGAAGUUUAAUUUUCUUUUUAUCCCUUCAUUCUCCCAGGCUUACUUGGAACAGAUCAAACAAUUCAAGGCGGCCAAUGUCGGUCUCGGGGGUGUUGGUGUUCAAAGUCAUUUCCCUCACUACCAAGCCCCUGACCCAACUCUCAUAAAGGUAAAUAUUUCUUCGUUUUGUUGCUGUUAUUUCUUUGACGGGAUAGACUUCGCGGGCAGCAGAGGAAGAAUCGAGAGGAAAAAGGGGGAGGCUGUUAAUUUCUCAUAAUUGUGAAAUCGGUUUUGUUUCGCUUCUUUGACAAUAUUUUUUUUUGUUUUUUUUAAAUUGAAUAAUUUGGUUGAUCUUCGCAGCGGAUAUUUUACUUUACUUAUUUAGUCACCUUAACUGGUAGCUAUAGUAGGAGUUAGUAAGGAAUAAGUUCUCUAAUUCAUACCCGUGAAUAAUUGUUGUAAGGGUGCACCAUUUUAAAUAAAGAACACGUUACAGUUCAUCUUUGUGCGUUUUCUAGCAAAAGCAGUUUCCGACAUGAAAAGAUUUCUUGGCCUUAAAAAAGGAACUUUCACUUACAGUUUUCAUUUUGGAAAAUACGCAGUUUCGUUUAACCCUUAAUGGACACUUACACACAAGUAGAUGUUGAACAAAAUACCUUCAGCCUAGAUUUAAAAAUAAAGUUAAAUCGCAAGCAUUUAUUUUGAUUGUAUUCACAGCACCGUUUGGACAUCCUGGCACAGCCUGGCAUACCGAUCUUUGUGACGGAGCUGGAUCUGGCAGCCAAUGAUGAGAACACGCGUGCUGAUUGGUAAGUAAGAUUCCUUCUAAUUUAAAUUUAAAAAAUUACUUUGGGAGAAUCCACCCCGAGAAUUGUUAGAAUCCAAACUAAAAAUGGAGGAUUAACUCUCAACAAUGUUGGCAUGAUUUAUUACUCUAAAUAUGCUCCCCUUCCACCACCAAAAAAAAUAGAGAGAUAUGUAUUAAAAUUUUCUAAUUUUAAAAAAAAAAAUGCUUAUGUAGCACGGAUUUCUUUCUACAGAGGCGCAUUAUUUAUAUCUUUUGUACUUAGCUAUUCUACCGUAGGAUAAAAUAACAUUAUUUGUUUGUUUUACAUUUUUUUUUUUUUUAUUUUUUUUUUAUUUUUUUUUAUUUUUUUUUUUUUAAUUUUUUUUUUUUUAAUUUUUUUUUUUUUUUUUUGCUUUUUUGUUUUGAGAAUGUUGGGUGAAAAUAUUAAAUAUAAGAACAGGGUAUAUUAAACUUGAAUCAAUGGACAGGACAAAAGAAAUAUUAUCUGAGUUGUUGUUUUUUUUAAUGACAAUUGCAUAUUUACAAUGAAUUGUUAUAUUUCUUUUAUUAACCGUCUUCUAUAUCUAACUUUAAACGUUAUUGACGUGGGGUUCUUAAAAUUUUUACAGCACUCCUACCUCUCCCCCUCCACUUUAUUUUAAACCCAUUUCCCGCACUCCAUUUUAAGUUUAAAAUAUAUUUCCCCGCCCCCCCCCCCACCUCAACGCUUAAACAUAAUACUAAUAAAUCUUUAAAUAAGACUGACACUGCAGAGUGGUGGGCUUGCUUGGUUAAGAUCGUCUUUUCUACAAAAUAAAACAUGGAUAAAUCAAGCAUUCUCUUUUGGAAAUUCAAUAUUAUGUUUUACUGACGAAUAACCUUGGAUUUUUCUGUAUUUGAAGGCGUUUACGGGUUAAAUUGACAACAAAUGAGUUCAUGAAUAUCUGCCAUUUUCUUGGUUAUUUUUCCCCCCAGGUAUGAGACUGUUCUGAGACUUUACUUUAGUCACCCGGCUCUUGAAGGGGUCAUUUUCUGGGGAUUCUGGGAUCACGACGUCUCUCCGAAGGGGGCCCUUGUCCACGGCAAUACUUUCACGGUGGGUUAUUCAUAAGGGAUAUCAAAUGUAAAUCUUGAAAUAUAUAUAUUUUUUUAAUCGUUGAAAAGAUACUAUACAUUUAAAGCUGCAUACUCUACUCCAAAAACACAACCUUUGAGUCCUGACUUCACGAUGUUUGGCACAUUGCACGUCUUCAGAAAACUCCAUGGUCAAGGGAAGAACGUUUUAUCUCUUAUUUAAUGAUUUUUUCUCAGAAUAUGUUACAUUCGGGACUUUGUAAGGCAAUUACAAAUUCUCGUUUACUUCGCCUGAAUUAGAAAUUGAAAGAAUCCUUCACUUUUUCUAAGCAAUUAACUUUUAAGAGUUAAGAGUUGUGAUAACUAUAUAUAUAUAUAUAUAUAUAUAUAUAAAUAUAUAUACAUAUAUAUAUAUGAAUGAGCUAAGGUACCCAUAUUACGCUAAAAGGAAAUCUAUUUAAAUACCUUCGAAUCUUCUUUUUUUAAUCAAUAGAGUUUUUCUAUUAUUUAAAGGAAAUCGAAUAGAUUGAAAUUUGGAAAAAGUAAAAUCGAUCUGCUUAUUAGAAUAACGUAUAGUUUUAUCGUUAUAAAUUAAAAAUACAAAUGAAAUACAUCAAUUAUUAAAGAAAUAUUUAAAGCACUUUUUCUUAAUUUUAAUUUUCUUUUUUCUCAAUGCUAAAUUUAACACACUCAAUAUUAUUUUUUUCAAAAAUCACAUUUUUAGUAAAAAAACUAACUUUCUGAUCCAUUUUCUUUAGUGUGUAGUUAAUAUUUCGAAAUUAAAUGAAAUUUUAUGAUAUCCAAAAGUCUUCAAACAAUAACAAAUUAAAAUAUUCGGUUGCACUCAAAGAAAGAAAAAUUAGAAUAAAAUUUGAAGAAAAUUUUUGACACUUAUAAAUCACGAGUUAAUAACAUCGUGUUACAAAACUGAUCAUGUUUUUUUCCCUAUUUAAAAAAAAUAAAUGUCAUAAAUAUAAUUGAUGACUUUCAAAGUGUUAAUAUGCCACACCAAUUUUUAGCUUGUGUUUUUAACAUUUGAAUAAGUUGUUCUUGAUUUUUUUUUUUUAUUUAUUAUAAGGAUAAAAAUAAUAAUGGAAAAUAUUUUUUUUCUUCUGAAAAAUACUAGUCGCUUCGUGUUACAAAUUGUUGAUGAAUGAAAACAAUGUGUAAUAUUUUAUGCAGUUUUCUGAAGCAUUCUUGUACAAUAUGAUUUUAUCUACAGCUGGACAAAGCCGGUGUGCGUUACCUCCAUCUGAUCAAAGAAGAGUGGAGCACACAUCUGAACAGAUCGCUGUCGUCGGGAACAUCUUUCACCGCCAGGGGUUUCCAGGGAGAUUACAACCUGGUCGUGUAUUACAAAAACAAACCCAUCAAGACACAGACUUUCUCUGUGGGGAAGACGGACGCCACGGUCAAUGUGCAAAUAUCUGGAGACGGGCGUGAGUAACUGAUGGCUUCUACUUUUCAGUAAUGUCAUUUAUAUAUUUAACAAUUUUGAAUUCAUAUUUUCUCGUAUGGAGAUUUUCAACCUAUAAAUUAAAUUUUGGAGGAUCCUGUGGAUUUUAAACAUAUUGAAUAAUGCAUUUAAUUCUAUUUAAUCAAAAAGUAUAGUUACAAUACUAUACAACAUUUUGCACUGUUCGACUAUUCAUUCUUUGGCGACAUAAAGACCUAUGUUUUUUUUUACAGUAUAUUGUAAAAAAUAAUAUGUAUAUAUUUGUAAUAUAUUUGAUCUUGAUUUCUCUUUCAGAUGAGAUCCAACUUCCGGUCCAGCACAACCCAUUCGCAAGUGUCGCCGUGACCCACUCCACCACCAGCGCCGGCCUGAGGAACGAGGGAACGGCCACAUCGACGUCCACCUCCCAUCAGCUGUCGUGCGUCACCAGGUGGUCAGGCGUGUCCGAGGUGGGAGACGACAAAGUGGCCGAGGUGUCCUGCAACGCUAAUGAGAUACUCACCGGCUGUACCAGCUACCUUAAGGUAAGGACUGAAUAGUUCAUCGUCACUUAUUGUUAUGGCUACCUCAAGGUUAGGAUUGAAUGGUUGAAAUUAACCUACUCUUCUGGUUACCUUAAAGUAAGGACAAAGUAAUCGAUAUUUACCGUCCAGCUUUUAUCCUUUUAAACUCAUUUAAAUUAACUUUGCUUUCGUUCGUGAGUUUCGUUCUGGCUGGGUGGAAAAAUCUUCGGACAGCUAAUUGACCAACGUCCCGUCAACCUAUCGAGCUAAAGCUUGGCACAUAAAGUCGUUGCCGAUGACCAAAUAUGUAUUUACAUUUUUACCCCAACCCCUAAAAAUAUGCUUUUCCUAUUUUUCAAGUGGAAGAUAAAGUAAAUUAUAUGAUGCCACUGAUUUCACGAAAUAAAGUUGCUCAUAACUGCGCUAAAUGAAAUUAUUUUCAAAAAAUAUUUCGCAAGUGCGUUUGAUGCGUAACAUGUUCUUUUGUUUUUCUGAAAUAGUUGGUGAAAUAAAUCUGCUGGUUAAACGUGGCUGGAAAAUUAAGAUAUUGGAUGCUAAGAUGUUGGAUCUUUUGGAUUUAUUCAUUCUUCAGCAUUCAGUCGACCAACCGACUCAUGAUCGUGGACACAUUUUUGAUUGGGAACUACAUAGGGCUCGAGAUGGUUUAGUUAGAUCUGCUUCAGUCACUCAGGAGCUGUCCUCUGACCACUUCUGUGUUAUUUGUGUUCUUAAUGUAAAGGCCCCCCAACCCUCUCCCUCUGUUUAGGGAGGUCCGUAGUCUUCGAACUAUAAACAGGGAUGCCUUUAAGCAUGCCCUGAGUGUAGUAGUGUCUCCCACCCUCUGCCCUACAUUGGAAACACUAGACCGUGCAUUGCGCGCUGUGCUUGACCGGCACGCAAUUUUAGGUUAACGUGGUCAGCUCCCUGGUAUGCGACCAUUAAGGGAAGAAUUACGCAGUGCCAAGAAAGAGCGGCGUAGUGCGGAAAAAAAGUGGUUGAGGUAAGGUCUUGUGGUUUUUAAGCAGAUCAUUUCCGCUGCCAAGAACCGUGUCUCUCAGAGUAUUUGUCGUGCUAAGACUUCGUAUUUUAGCCAAAAGAUAACUAUGGGUAAAACCAGCAGACAGUCGUUUGAUGUUUGUAGCGACCUUAGAGGGAGUAACAAAGAAACUCCUCUUCCUUCAGUAUUUCCUUUGCCCCAGCAACCAGAUAUUUUCUGUGAUUUCUUUACAAGCAAAGUUGCGAGCAUUCGCGCUGAGCUUGAUCGUUUUGAUGCACAUCCCAGGAUUUGCCUCCUGUUCCUUUUCUUACUUCACAUUUCGAUUCUUUUAAACCUGUUUCAGAACUUGAGGUCAAAAGUAUAAUUUUAAAAUCUAAACCUACGUCAGGUUAUUUGGAUCCUAUCCCCCACCCCCUGUUGGUUGAGUCAUUAAAUUAUUUGCUCCCAACGAUAACCCACAUAAUAAAUGAAAGCUUGUCUUCUUGCACUGUUCCCCCUCUUUGUAAAUCAGCUGUCAUCAAACCAUUGCUUAAGAAGUCUGGUCUGGAUGAAAAUAAUUUUAAAAAUUAUAGACCUGUAUUUAACUUAUCAUUUUUAUCUAAAGUUAUUGAAAAACUAGUUCUAAAACAACUUUUUGCUUAUUUAAUGGACCACUCUCUUCUCAGUUCUAAUCAGUCGGCCUAUAGACAUUUCCAUGAAAUCCUUUUCAAAACCCUUGAAAAUUACUUUGGAAUUUCUGGCUCAGUUUUGGCUUGGUUUUAGGUCCUACCUCUCUGAUAGAACGCAGGCGGUCUCUGUCGAUGGCUGUCUCUCAGGCAGUGCUGAUUUGGUGUACGGAGUACCAUAGGGGUCUGUUUUAGGCCCGAUUCUAUUCACAUUGUAUACCAGACCUUUGCUCCUCUUGCUUGGGAGGCAUGAUGUUGAGAGCCAGUCAUUUGCAGAUGACACGCAGCUAUACAAGCAUACCCAUCCUUCUCUUGUUGAAUCCGCUGUCCAGACUUUGCGGGGGUGCAUUGAUGAUGUCAAGUCAUGGAUGACCCUCAGCAAGUUGAAGCUUAAUGAUGACAAAACGGAAGCACUUCUCAUCCACAAUCACACAUCAUCCUCUACCUCAAAUCUUCCUACCUCAUUUCAAGUAGGUAACUCUGACGUACGGUUUACACCAUCUGCUAGGAAUCUUGGUUAUAUUCUUUCUAACAACAUGUCUCUCGAUAAACACAUAUCUCACAUUUGUCGUUCAGCAUACACCACUAUCCGUCAGAUGAGUUCCAUACGCCACUACCUGACAGUUAGCGCUACAAAAACUCUAGUCUGUGCUCUUGUUCUCUCUCGUCUUGACUAUUGCAACUCUCUUCUGUCAGGUUCUCCAAAACACUGCAUAGGAAAACCGCAGAAAGUUCAAAACUCAGCUGCUAGGCUAGUUUUAAAGGCAAAAAAACGUGAUCACGUCACUCCACUACUCCAUUCCCUUCAUUGGCUACCUACACAGGCAAGCAUUGACUACAAGUUGUGUGUUCUCUGUCACAAGUUUUUCUUGGAUUCCUGCCCUUCCUAUCUAACCGAACUUCUUUCUGUCUAUUCACCCCUUCGACAGCGUCGCUCCUGUGCAGACAAGCGUAUUCUGUCCGUUCCCAAGACACACACUAAAACAUAUGGUGAACGAUCUUUCUCUUUCUGCGCCCCCAAACAAUGGAAUUCUUUGCCACUAAACAUACGUAAUAGACCAACCACACAGGCUUUCAAAACUGCACUCAAAACAUGUUUUUUUUUAAAAUUAUACUACCCUGACUGAUUCCCCUCCUCUGACCGAUAAACGAUCUUGCUGGCUGCCGUCCAUGGUUUGCCUUGUAAAAGUUAUGUGGUGAGGUUCCUGUUUUUUAUUUCAUAAAUGUAUUUUAUUUUAAUGUCAUGAUUAUGUCUCUUUUGAUAAAAUUUUUAUGUACAGCGCGGUGAGCCCAGCACUAGGAUGGGGUACCGCGCUAUAUAAGACUUCUUCUUCUUAUAAUAAAAUGUAAGAAAUGAUUAUAUAACAAAACUUUGUUUUUAGGGUCUUUUUAAUGAAACAAUUAUCAUUAUUGCUUUUUGAUAUUAUUUUUUUUGUACUGACUACAAUGUUUAAUAGAUUUACGACCGUAAAUGCUCCUCGACAUUUUGACGCUUCCUGGCCAAAUGUUCACUACGUCUGGACCUAAAUAUAUAUAAGACCACAUAUUAAUCUACCUUAAGGGUAAAAGAGCAAGACAUUUUUUGGUCAACUUCAUGCAUAUAUUUACGAUGAUAUAAUGAUAUGUUUAUUUGUCUAUGUUAGUUACAGAGGAGCUCGUUAGGACGAGACUCAACUUGUUGUCUACUUAAUGACAUAUGUAUAUAUUUUUUUUUUUCAAAAUUAGAUCCUGUUUUGUUUUUUUUUUAUAUUUAUGUAGCGUGGACAAAUUAAUAAUCUAUUAGCCAUUAUUUGGAACCUAAGUUGUAUUUUAUCCAAUGAACGUCGUCAAAAGUCAAAUGGAAAUUGCAAACUAUUUCCUCAUUGCAUGAGAGAAAUCCAAGCCCGUUCAUGACAUGUGUUUUUAGGGUGUGUUUUUUUAACCAUCAGCAUUGAGCUCGAUCCUAGAUGUAAUCAUAAGUAUGCGUUCAACUCUUACGACAGAACAACGACUGGCACCGAGAUGGCGAACAGAUUGGGUUCAGCAACGGAAAAGCCACCUGUAGAGCCAUCAACGGCUACGAGACUAAGCUGGGUAAGGAAGACAACCCUGCAUUCAUGAACAAACAUACUUUUUAUUUAUACUUUAUUUGUUAGUGUCACAACCCCACUUAUCAGAGGGAUGUUAAGUCCCUUCUUUCGUGUGUGUGUGUGCACGUGCGUGCGUGCGUGCAUUGUGUGUGUGUGCAUACGUGUGUGUGAGUGUAUGUAUGUACGUGCUUGUGAGUGUGUGUGCGCGCGUGCGUGUGAGUGAGUGUGUGUGCGCGCACGUGCAUGUGAGUGUGUGUGUGUGUGUGUGUGCGUGUCUGUGGGUGUACUUUGAAUCUACCUUGUUAAAUGUAAAUGCGCAUAGCUAAGUUUUUUCACCUUUUUUCUUGUCAUCCAGUGAUUGUUUUCAGAAAGGCUUCAAGUUUAAACUUUCUCUAACCUUUUGUUGUUGUUGAAUUUGUUCGAACUGAAGUUAAACGAAUGAAAUAAUGUUACCAAUUAAAAGACCUGCGCAGCCAGGACGUUUAUUUUAUUUUGCUUGUAUUUUUAUAAUGCUUCCAACUUUAAUUAAAAUACAUCAUCGUAGCGCUAUGCUUUGAUAGACCUGCGUGUCCAUUACACGCUAUUCUUUGUACACUUGAGUGUCCCUUGGAGCUAUGCUUUAUUACACUUGAAUGUCCCUUAAACGCUAUGCUUUAUUACACUUGAAUGUCCCUUAAACGCUAUGCUUUAUUACACUUGAAUGUCCAUUAAACGCUAUGCUUUAUUACACUUGAAUGUCCCUUAAACGCUAUGCUUUAUUACACUUGAGUGUCCCUUAAACGCUAUGCUUUAUUACCCUUGAAUGUCAAUUAAACGAUAUGCUUUAUUACACUUGAAUGUCCCUUAAACGCUAUGCUUUGUUACACUUGAAUGUCCCUUAAACGCUAUGCUUUAUUACACUUGAAUGUCCCUUAAACGCUAUGCUUUAUUACACUUGAAUGUCCAUUAAACGCUAUGCUUUAUUACACUUGAAUGGCCAUUAAACGCUAUGCUUUAUUACACUUGAAUGUCCCUUAAACGCUAUGCUUUAUUACACUUGAAUGUCCCUUAAACGCUAUGCUUUAUUACACUUGAAUGUCCAUUAAACGCUAUGCUUUAUUACACUUGAAUGUCCCUUAAACGCUAUGCUUUAUUACACUUGAGUGUCCCUUAAACGCUAUGCUUUAUUACCCUUGAAUGUCAAUUAAACGAUAUGCUUUAUUACACUUGAAUGUCCCUUAAACGCUAUGCUUUGUUACACUUGAAUGUCCCUUAAACGCUAUGCUUUAUUACACUUGAAUGUCCCUUAAACGCUAUGCUUUAUUACACUUGAAUGUCCAUUAAACGCUAUGCUUUAUUACACUUGAAUGGCCAUUAAACGCUAUGCUUUAUUACACUUGAAUGUCCCUUAAACGCUAUGCUUUAUUACACUUGAGUGUCCCUUAAACGCUAUGCUUUAUUACCCUUGUGUGUCCCUUAAACGCUAUGCUUUAUUACACUUGACUGUCCCUUAAUCGCUAUGCUUUAUUACACUUGAAUGUCCCUUAAACGCUAUGCUUUAUUACACUUGAAUGUCCCUUAAACGCUAUGCUUUAUUACACUUGAAUGUCCCUUAAACGCUAUGCUUUAUUACACUUGAGUGUCCCUUAAACGCUAUGCUUUAUUACACUUGAAUGUCCCUUAAACGCUAUGCAUUAUUACACUUGAGUGUCCAUUAAACGCUAUGCUUUAUUACACUUGAAUGUCCAUUAAACGCUAUGCUUUGUAACACUUGAGUGUCCAUUAAAAUUAACGUGAAACGCGAUGAUUACCUGUGUCUCUGUCUCUUCCCCAGGUAUCCAGGCCAGCGCCAGGUGUUGCAGUCUGAGUGGCCUGACAUGUACAUACAAGACGGCUGGACCAUCGGGAAAUGGGGUAGAUGACCAGAUCGUUAUCCCGUGUGGUACUGAUGGUUACCCUCUAGGUCAGUGGUUCAAACAUUUUUCCUAUUCUUGGUGGAUUUGCGGAUUUCCGGGUUUAUCCAUAAAGUUGCCUUAUGAUAAAAAAAACAACGCGAAAUAAGGAAUACUAUUUGUGUCUUUCCGAUCGUGUAAAAUGUAUUUUUUAUUAGCCGUGUUUAAAACGCGUUCACUUCCUGUGUUUAACUGAUGGUUUUUUUUUUGUUUUUUUGUUUUUGCUUUCAUGUGUUGACCUAGGCUGUGCCACUUUUACCUACAUGUCCGACUCCGAUGGUACCAUGAUCACGAACACAUCCUGCGUUGGUCAAAAUGAUGGUCUGGCUGCCGGUAAGAUGUCAGAUAGUUUAAUUAUCUAUCUAUGUAGACACUUGCGCCCGGUAAGCAUUUUUUUCUUCUAAAGUUAAAAAAUAUCACAGAGUAGGUACAAAUUGUUAACCCCCAGUGGAGCCAGGCCGUUAAAAACUGUUUUCACGCCUUCCGGUCUGGUGCAAUCUUCUUUAACUCUUUCAACUCUUUCCGAUCAAUAUCCCAUCGUUUUUUCGACCACUUUUCGUCGGCUAUUUUGUGGUGUUUAUGGCUCUCUUGACCCUCGAGAGUUCCAUACCAGUACUCUUAGCCUGGUUAUUUUUAGCAUCUUUUGUGCUUUAAACUUAUGACUAUAUCCGAUACUAUUAAUCUCAGCGAUGCUGGGCUGGGGGAUUCUCUAAAAUUCUCUGUAAGAAUCAAAAUCAUGCCAGAUUUCAUCAAAUUAUUAUCGGAUAUUAUAAAGAAACUGAAGAAAAUAAAAUUUAGGUUGGAUUCGCAGACUCCUGUAUAAAUAACGGUCCACUCUCUAGAAAUCGGAAUUUAAAAAAAAAAAAAAAAUAUAUGCGCUGUCCAGGAAAAGUAUUCAUUGUUAUAAUGUAUUUAUUGUUAUCAAGAAUUAAAAGUACUUCGUUGUUGCAAACAUGCAAAAAUUACUCCUUGGUCUGAGGGUCGUACACGUAUCUCUGUCAGGUGUUUACUCAUACGCCGCCUGCUGCAAAGGUGGCAACGUCAAAUGCACCACCAUCCACUCAGCACCCGGCGGUCACCCGGUCGGCGCCAGAUCUACUGUCCAGUGCCCGGCCGGUCAGGUCAUGACGGGAUGCAAUGUGUACACACCAAAUGCUAAAGCUGCCGGGGCCUUCAUUGAGAGUAAGUGUAUUUUCCUUCUGCAGUGCUGUGUUAAAUUUUUGUGUCUCAAUGUGAUGGAUAGAGUAGGUAUAAUUUAGGUGUUUCAAUGAAUAUGCUUAUCUCUCACUAACAACAUGUAACACUAACAACAUAACAGAAAAAAAAACAACUGUGAUAGUAGAUGGCGAUUCAUGUUAUCCGUUUCACAUACCUAUGACCUAGGGAUCUAGAUUAUUAUGAUAAUAUUCAACCCUCGAAACAGUGGGUGGAGUUAUUGUGAGUGUCAACCCGGGGUGGGACGGCAUUUUUGACGCCCUUUUUCACACAAAAAAACAACCAAAAACAACAACUGAGCAGCUGGCCCAAAAUGGCGCAUUUCCAAAACAAGUAACAAAAAGGCCCACCUGUUAUAUGCACACUUCAUUGUAUUAUCGUUGUCAGUUCAUACCAAUUCUGUCAGGCAACUUUGAAUGGCACUAUUUUUCAGCACACACAAACAAGUUAUUUAACUCUUACUAAAUGAAUCAUAAUCAAGUCUGCUAUAGCAAAAAUAAUAAAUACAAAUAUUUUUUUGGGUGAGGUUUUUGUUUUUUUUUUUUUGGGGGGGGGGGGAAUUAAACAUUUACUUGACACCCAUUUUCGGAAGAGAGAUGUCUUCAUUCACAAUAAUCAUAUUUCCCUCCCUAGCAACCAACGGAGUCGACCACUGCGUUGCCGUCAAUGGCUACGAGAGGUUUGGAAAUGAGGGAGGUGUUGUAGCGUACGCCACUUGCUGCCAUGUAUAACAGCUUGAGAACUUUAUGGAUAUUGAGACGUAACGAGAAGCCAUCUUCCAAAAAAAAAAAUAUAUAGAAUUAAAAAAAUCCUGUUUCAUGGGAAAAUCUCCCACACAAAGUUUAGUGCAAAUAAUUAGAACGACUCUCUGUAAGACAGGGGAAAUGACGCCAUGGUACAUUUUUAUAAACAAAAUUUGAUUCAGUU